UAGACUCCCAAACGAGAGUGCGGUAGUUGAAAUAGUGGCCGAAUACUCCGAAAAAUCAAAGGAACAUUCCUCCCUUCCGAACACCAGCAAAGUCAUGGCGGACAGAAACAGCAAGGACGCUUCAGCUGGCGAUGCUUACGACGAUUCUUCCCUUCCAAACCCUUACGCAGGUUUACCAGAGCAACCACCGCACAUUGAAGGUUUUCAGGUAUGGCGUGCCCCAGCACAAGAAGGAUUUGCAGAAAAGUUCAAAAGGAAGACAAUGGAGAACCCCUUUGUCCCCAUUGGCUGCGGUCUGACGGCAGCUGCCCUGAUCUACGGUAUUGGCACUUUCAGCAGCGGAAAUAGGAGAAAGUCACAGACCAUGAUGCGAGCACGAGUGGUAUUUCAGGGCUUCACCAUUGCAGCUAUCCUGGUAGGGGUGGCCGUGAAUGGCAUGAAGUCCAAGAAGUAGACCACACCACUGUAGUAUUGUACCAGGCUAGACAUCAAGUUCCAUGCAUUGGUGCAGCUUAUGUGACUGACUUUGCUGGGAACAACUGAGAGGAAUGAGGCCCUGCAGUGAGCAGAACAACUUGCAGUACUAGUUGUAGCCUGUAAAACUAGACACCUUCGCUGCUGUGUAAAUCAUAACUUUCUCUACACAUCUCUCCUGUUCACAGUGUUCAUGUUAAGGUAGUGUAAGUUUUGGAAGGACACAAAUGGAAGUGUGAUGAGGAAUGAGUUUUGUACUAAUGUGUACAAUGUAGUUGAGAUCUAUGUAUGUCUCACUAGGUAAAGAAAAUGUAAUGAAGACUAAAGAUUGCUAAAAAGUAAAAUAACUUCUGUGUGGAGGUUAACAUUUUUAGUUAAAAAUUUUCAAAAAGAAGUUUUGCUUAUUGUGUUGCAGAAUCAUGAUAUUUCUUGUGAGAGUCAUCUCUGUAUAAAUGGUAACAAGUGUGAUGUGUAGCAUUGCCAGUGAUGUAUUUGUAAGGAGUAGUAACAUAGAAAAAUAGUUAUGGACCAAGAACUUUGUGUCAACAUAAUGGACAAUUUUUGUAAAUGUAAUGUUGAUAAAAAUGUAUAAAAAAAUGCAUACUGUCAUACUUGGAAGUGUAAAUCCAAGACUUGCCACAAUGUGUAUAAAAGAUGCAGAUUACUUCAAAACAGUGAUGUUUUGUAUGAUACCCUGUAACAGUAAUAAAGGAAA